GGCGGCGCGAUGCGGCAGAUGGCGGCGGCGCUGCUACCGCAGCUGCUGCUGCUGCUGCUGGCGACAGCGGCGGCGGCCGAGGGGGACGGCGGCGGCGGCGGCCCUGGCCCGCUGCGCUUCCAGCCCGACUGGGCGAAGCUGCGGGGCCUGGCCCGGGGCAAGGUGGAGACCUGCGGGGGAUGACGGCUGAGCCGCCUGCGGGAGGUGAAGGCCUUCGUCACUGAGGACAUCCCGCUGUACCACAACCUGGAGAUGAAGCACCUGCCCGGCGCUGACCCCGAGCUUGUGCUCCUCAGCUACAGAUACGCGGAGCUGGAGAGAAUCCCCCUGAGUGACAUGACCCGGGAGGAGAUCAACCAGCUGGUGCAGGAGCUGGGCUUCUACCGCAAGGAGACUCCCGAUGCCCCUGUGCCAGAGGAGUUCCAGUUUGCCCCUGCCAAGCCUCUGCCCACCCUGCCACUCUCCAAAGCUCAUGCAGCCGAGAGCAAGACCCCAUCCGAGCCUGACAACGGAGAGCACCCAGACCUCUAGGGAGCAGUGUGAGGGGUGCCAUGCUCAGGAUGCAUGCCGGGGGGGAACAGGGACGUGGAGCCGGUCCCUAGCGUGUGAGGGUGAGGCCGUUGGAAGAGCUGCCUCUCCUCGUGGGGCUAGGCAUGGUAGGCAUCCGUCAUAGGCCUCUCCAGGAAGCAGAGAUGUCUUCUAGCUGCCUCCCUUCAUUGCUUGGUGCUACAUAGCCUCUGCUACAGGGUUGCCCUGAGCUGUUCCAGCCUUGAGCAGAGGCUCCCUGUGCAUUGAGGACAAGUGGGGUCUGUGUGCCCAUCCUUGCCCUGCCUCCCCUACAGCCCUGUAGCUGCAGCCAUGCUGGCAUGGCUAAUGAAGAGGAGAAAGGGUUCUUUUUACCCCCUCCCCCUGCCCCCACAAGGUAUUGGUUACCGCACCACAAGGUAUUGUCAACACACAACACUGGGCAGCAUUAUCCUACCUGCAUGGGACAGGAUGAAACCCUCAGCAGAAAGCCUAAGGUGCUGAGAGUAGAUGUGCGGAGUCCUGGAGGGUGGGAGAGCUGCCUCCUGGGAGGGUGCGGCUUUACACCGCCAUGCUCAUGGUCUCAUAUCCAGCCCACAGUAAAGCCCUUACACACAUCACA